UUUGGCCAUGACGGAGGCAGCGGGGCUGGUGCCCAAACGCAUCCUGGUGACGGGUGGCACCGGCUUGGUGGGGAGAGCCAUCGAGAAGGUGGUGGCUGAUGGAGAGGGGCGGCCAGAUGAGGAGUGGAUCUUUGUGUCCUCCAGAGACGCCGACUUGACGAAUGCCGCGGAGACCAAAGCCCUGUUCGAGCAGCACAAGCCCACCCACGUCAUCCAUCUGGCCGCCAUGGUUGGGGGCCUCUUCAAAAACAUCCGCUACAACCUGGAUUUUUGGAGGAGAAACAUCCAUAUCAACGACAACGUCCUACACUCAGCCUACGAGACGGGAGUGCAGAAGGUGGUCUCCUGCCUCUCUACCUGCAUCUUCCCAGACAAGACGACGUACCCCAUCGAUGAGACUAUGAUUCACAACGGGCCACCUCACAGCUCCAAUUUUGGCUACUCCUACGCCAAGAGGAUGAUCGACAUCCAGAAUAGGGGCUACUUCGAGCAGCACGGCUGCCGCUUCACCGCCGUCAUCCCCACCAAUGUCUUCGGGCCACACGACAACUUCAACAUCGAGGAUGGCCACGUCUUGCCAGGACUCAUCCACAAGGUCUACCUGGCCAAACAGACUGGCUCCGCUCUGACCGUCUGGGGCACGGGCAAGCCCAGGAGACAGUUCAUCUACUCCCUGGACCUGGCCCGGCUCUUCCUUUGGGUCCUGCGGGAAUAUGAUGAGGUGGAGCCCAUCAUUUUGUCAGUGGGAGAAGAAGAUGAAGUCUCCAUCAGAGAGGCAGCAGAGGCGAUCGUGGAGGCCAUGGAUUUCAGGGGAGAACUUGUUUUUGACACUACCAAAGCAGAUGGGCAGUUCAAGAAGACGGCCAGCAAUGCCAAGCUACGGCGCUACCUGCCCGGCUUCCAGUUCACACCCUUCAGGCAAGCCGUGAAGGAGACCUGCACCUGGUUCAGCACCAACUAUGCCAACGCCAGGAAGUGAUGG